UCGCUCUUCUCUUCGGAAUCGCCCAAAUCUCAGGCACAACGAACACAACACAAAUCAGUCGGUGAAAGUGAGCGUGGGAGUGCAGUUUCAACGCUCUUGCUGUUAUUCCUUUGCAGCUCAAUCUGCAUUCCUCUCUCACUUUCGCAUCUCAGAUCGAUAUCGAGGCAGUGUCUAUGUUUGUCUGCACUGCUGAUGUUCAUACCAACUAGACAACUACAUGGUGGAGAGAGGAACUGCUGUCUGCACUGUCUCAGAUGACUUUUAUUAGCUAUCUCGUUCUUGAAAAGUGUUGCUAUGGGCAUUUGUCUGAUGAAAUGGCAAUGGCCAUGGCUUCUUUGUGUUAUGCUGAUACAUAUUGUUAUCAAUAAAAGCAAAGCGAUCAGUCCUGAUGGUGAAGUACUUCUCAGCUUCAGGACAGCAGUUGUUAGUUCUGAUGGUGUCCUGUUACAAUGGAGGCCAGAGGAUCCUGAUCCAUGUAAAUGGAAAGGAGUAAAAUGUGAUCCAAAAACCAAGAGAGUAACACAUCUGAGUCUAUCUCACCAUAAGUUAAGUGGGUCUAUGUCACCUGACCUCGGGAAGCUAGAGCAUCUGAGGGUUCUUGCUCUUCAUAACAACAACCUCUAUGGGACAAUUCCAUCAGAAUUGGGAAAUUGCACUGAAUUGCAGGGAAUAUUCUUACAGGGUAAUUACCUUAGUGGAAUGAUUCCAAGUGAAAUAGGAAACCUUUCGCAGCUUCAAAAUUUGGAUAUAUCAAGCAAUUCCCUUAGUGGGAACAUUCCAGCAUCACUUGGGAAGUUGUAUAAUCUCCAAAAUUUCAAUGUAUCAACCAAUUUUCUGGUCGGACCAAUACCUUCUGAUGGUGUCCUUGCCAACUUUACUGGAAGCUCCUUUGUUGGAAAUCGUGGUUUGUGUGGAGUGCAAAUGAAUUCAACAUGUAAAGAUGAUGGUUCACCUGAAACAAAUAAUCAGUCUCCUUCCUCGGACCAAAAUCAAAUUGAAAAGAAGAAAUAUUCUGGCCGGCUGCUCAUCAGUGCAUCAGCAACCGUGGGCGCACUGCUUUUGGUAGCACUUAUGUGCUUCUGGGGUUGUUUUCUUUAUAAGAAGUUUGGUAAAAAUGACAAAAUAAGUCUGGGAAUGGAUGUUGGUGCAGGUGCAUCAAUCGUGAUGUUUCAUGGAGACCUACCAUAUUCUACGAAAGACAUUAUUAAGAAAAUAGAGACUUUGAAUGAGGAACACAUAAUAGGGGGAGGGGGAUUUGGAACCGUGUACAAGCUUGCAAUGGAUGAUGGUAACGUAUUUGCUUUGAAAAGGAUUGUAAAGUUGAAUGAGGGCUUUGAUCGUUUUUUCGAGAGGGAGCUUGAAAUUCUUGGCAGCAUCAAACACCGUUAUCUUGUGAACUUACGAGGAUAUUGCAAUUCACCUACAUCAAAGUUGUUAAUAUAUGACUACCUACCUGGUGGUAGUCUUGAUGAAGCUCUUCAUGAAAAAUCUGAGCAACUAGACUGGGAUUCACGCUUGAAUAUACUCAUGGGAGCUUCAAAAGGGCUUGCCUAUUUGCACCAUGAUUGUUCCCCUCGGAUCAUACACCGAGACAUAAAAUCAAGCAACAUUUUACUUGAUGGAAACUUGGAUGCUCGGGUCUCUGAUUUUGGACUUGCCAAACUUCUAGAGGAUGAAGAAUCUCACAUCACCACUAUAGUUGCUGGAACAUUUGGUUAUCUAGCUCCAGAGUACAUGCAAAGUGGCAGAGCAACUGAGAAAAGUGAUGUUUAUAGUUUUGGUGUGCUGAUACUUGAAGUGCUCAGUGGAAAGCGGCCAACAGAUGCAUCAUUCAUUGAAAAGGGUCUCAAUAUUGUUGGUUGGUUGAAUUUUCUUAUUACCGAGAAUAGGCCGAGGGAAAUUGUUGAUUCACUAUGUGAGGGGGUGCAGGUUGAGAGCCUUGAUGCCUUGCUCUCUGUGGCUAUUCAGUGCAUUUCCUCGAGUCCAGAGGAUCGACCCACCAUGCACCGAGUGGUCCAGUUGCUUGAAUCAGAGGUCGUAACUCCAUGCCCAAGUGACUUCUAUGACUCCAGCUCCGACUAGAAAACUUGACUUAUUCACGGUAUGUUGUGUUUGCUUCAAUAUGGCUGCAAAUUACUUCCAAGUCAAGAGGCAAUGAAAGAGUCUCAGAAUCUGCAGCGUUACUUUUCAUCUCAGUUGCAUUCAUUCUUAAAGUAAAUUUAAAGUGAAAGAUGUCUUUCAUAACACCACUUCAGGACAGAAGUUGUGGUUCUACGUCAGAUGUCAUCAUUGGACACGUUCAUACGUUUCUUUGUCUUCGUGAAUGGGGUUGCAUGUGCUACUUAAUCGAUCGUGGUUCCACCCUUCCUCUCUUCUUCUUUUUCCCUGCUAGCAUUUGUUAUCAUUGUCAGAUUUGUUCGCUCCAAUUUAAGUGUAUAUGAAUAUGUAUAAGUUCAGAAGGCCAACUUUGCAAGUGAUUCUUGUUAUUUAUUUUUGUAAUAUAUGGUUUCCACUUUCCAUAAAAGAAUUCAUCUAAUUAGGUGGUUCUCAGGUCUCACUUUGCAGUGUCUUCUUCGCUUUACCUUUUUGGGCUGAAGAAAUUACUAGCUUGUUAUUUUAUUUUAUUUUAAAU